AUGGAAGAGAACGCGGAUACUCCGUCGAUAUCUGAGGCUGUGACAGCCACUGACAACGUCACGACAGCAACGAUUACACCUGCAAGAACAGCCACUGAUUCUGCAACUUCUACUGAUGCGUCUAUGCAGGUCGUCACUCGUCUAGGGGAUUUGGGACAUCCCAAGCAUCUCAAGUACAUUAACCACAAGUUGCUCCGCGCUUUGAAGCCCGGCAAGGAGCGCCAGGCGUAUUUAAAACGCGUAAGAAAGCGGCACGGCGAGAAAAAGCGCCAAUUCAAUGCGCCUUCAUCUCCGCCGGUAGUUAGCCGGCCAUGGCUACGAGCUGAUGCUGAUACGCUCAUACCCAAGACCAAUUCAUCUGCUACGAUGACAAAUGGUCGUCCCAAACGCAAAGGAUGGUGGCCGAAAGGUGUAAGCACCAAGUCUUACAGAUCUUUAAAGCCAGGAAGAGAGCGUCAAGAGUUGAUGGACAACUAUCGAAAAAAACAUGGACUCGAGUCGAAGUCUGCACCGAAGAAGCCGAUACCGACGAAUUUUGCCUGGCCAAAGGGCAUGAAUCGCGAGGAAUUUCUUGCCAAGAAACCAGGAAGAGAGCGUAUGGCGUACUUGGCUAGAUACAUCAAGAAAAACGGUGUUGAACUGGAAAAGGUUGCAGCUCCUAUUCGAGUGCCUCUAGGUCGUAAACCAGAGCCUCUAUCGUAUCCUCGUUGCGGUUGCUCCAGCUCUGAAGCAUGUGCGUCCUGUAGCAGAUGUGUGGAGUUGCAUUGUGUCUGUGGAUUAACGGGACGUCGACGUCGUGCCUUGUGUCAGGAGUCACGUGCCUGUAGUUGCACUUUGAUUAAACCUACGAUGCGUUGCGCACUUUGUCAUGGCUGUCGACAGCCACACGGUUUUAGCCAUUGUCGUUGUAUCCUGCACCAACGACUCUUAUGGAUAAAGAGACACCCGGAACUUGACAUGAAGCUAACAAAAGAAGAAGAGAAGGCAGUAUGUAACUGCUUUGUGCUCAUGCAUCGGCAUGGAGGAGCUGCUGCUACAAAGGAGAAGGAAGCAAAAGUGCUGAAAGAGAUUGAACGUGUCCGGCGCAUAAAGAGAGCUACGGGUUUUCCGACGAGUGAUAAUAUUUAUCGCAGCAAGAAGAUUACAACAUUUCUUGGCGAUGAAGGGUUGGAAAGUGACUAUGAUGAUGGAUUGGAUGAUGGACUGGGCUCAGAAGUACUCCCUCCCAGCACUAAAAGUGUCGUUCCGCGCACGAUGACCGCGAGGAUGGUUGAUGCUGAAUACCAUCCGGCCUCGUAUCACGAUUUAUUUCGGUCAGAAGGAUGUACACUCCUAGAGGGCAUUGAGCCUCGAAAUGGACGAGCCAGGUGUCGUCCGGCGCCUGCUGCGUUUAUAAGUGAAGCAAUGCAGGAUGAAGUUUGCCGCGGACUGGAGAACUAUGUGUUUGAACUUGACCGAAACGCUACAAUGCCACCUGAUGAUUUGGUAGACUAUUUAGUGUACGUGGCGAGCAUCAAGGCAUCAAACAUUGGGGAGCUCAUUGGAACCUUUGAAGACUCGGCUGCAGUUGCCAUGGGCAUUGUUAUUGAAGAGUAUAUGACACAGCUGAUUGAAGACCAUGUACUGCAGCAGCAGGCAUUAUGUCUUCUAACAAAAGCGAACGUGCAAGCAUUCACGCGUGAAAUGCUUGUAGGCUUCAACUGGCAGCUCUUCCAGGAUCAACAUCCGUAUUCAUGCUCAGAGACAGUGGACGCCAUUACAGCGCUGAUAGACAAGGAGGCAAUCCUCAAGGACAAACUAGCAACAUUGAUUUUGCACGAAUUGAUUACGCUACAACCGCGAGACUUCAAUGUGAAGCACUACAGCGACAAUCUGUUCAAAUGGAUUCGAAAAGCUGUCGUUAUUCCUCUUGUCGUGUUGACAAGUGAGACGAGCUGGCAGUCAAGUUCCGAGACGAGAACCGAUCAGCAAAGUAUGAAUACCAGCAGUCAACCAGAAAAUCGCCAAGAAAAUGAAGUGGGGGAAACACAAGUGACCUCACAAAUUCGUAUGGCAGUAAAAGCGAGCCCUGUACAUGGCAAUCCCUCGUACAGCCUCCGUUUUGCAACAACGUUAGAGGAUGGGCACCAUCUGGAGACAUCUGUCGGCGGACUAGACAGCAAAAUUAGAGCGAAUGCGAUGAUCUCGCAGCUAGCAAAGGUUGUGCGGCGUCAAGAAGAAAGAAGUAUGGGCACGCUGAAGGACCCGCCUCCGGCUCCUGGACCUCCUCCCGUUCUUCACCCGCCACCCUCAAUCGAUCAGGAAGAUCCGUAUGCCAGCAUGCUUGAACAUGUAUGGGAGCAUUUUAAUGGCUAUGCGUUGCAGAAGUGGCAGGCAUCUGUCGAUAUGUAUUUUAGCUCGACAUUGGGGGGCCAACAAGAUUCGGUUUCGAGCCAAGGAUCUACAGCAAAAAGACGAAGCACGAGGCCGCCGCCCGGGGCCACCUCCUCAUCUUCAAAGAAACGGAGAAGUGCUUUUGACAAAGCUGAGACGAGAUUUGCGAGCCCAAAACAUGAGCAACUAUAA